AACUUAAAACGUGCGUAGCCUUCUUCUUUUGUUUCUCUGCAAGAACCAGUGGCGAUGAUGAACAUAGGCGCUGGUCCCGGUGGCGGUAUGGCCCGAUACGUAUACGUCGAUAUGGCCGGAUACGUCAGUAUGACCGGAUACGGAGGAAUGGCCGGAUACGGCGGAGGAAGCGGAUACGGCGGAGGAAGCGGACCAACGGUCGCAGCAGCCGCCGCUGCAUUAGAGAAGCAAAAGGUGUUGUUACAGAGAGUAGAGACUGACAUCACAUCCGUCGUCCAUAACUUCACUCAAAUCGUCGAUGACUCGAGGGUGAGUGUUCCACCGGUAAAGAACUCUCAAGAAGCAAACAUGAUGGAGAUUCGAGCGUCAAGAUUGGUUCAAGCAGCUGAUUCUCUUUUAAAACUCGUAUCGGAACUGAAGCAAACAGCAAUUUGUUCAGGAUUUGCAUCACUAAACGAUCAUGUAGAACAAAGAAUUGAAGAGUUUGAUCAAGAGGCCGAGAAGACUAAUCGAUUGUUGGCUGUAAUAGCCGAUAAUGCAUCUUCCAGUCUUAAAGAGCUCGAGUCUCACUAUUACUCUUCUGCUCAGAGAUUGACUCUAGACAUAUAAAGGGGUUUCUGUAUCUAAUCCGGGGAAAAUAGCAAUUGUAUGAUGAUCUUCUAACUUCUAUAUAGCCAAAACUUUGUAGGCUUCUUUGUCGGAACAAAAUGUGAUAUAAAUGGGCAUUUAACUUUUGAACCUAAGUGUUUUUUUAAUCCAAGAGAUAUUUUCUUC